AAGAUGCAGUGGCGGCUCCCGGUGUCGCCGGGUGGGCCAGGGGCAGCGCAAGCCGGAGCCGGGCAGGAGGCGCCCGCCGCGGUACCCGCGCGCUGCUAGCGCCCUAGACCUGCCUACGGGCCGAGGCCCUCCCUGCCGCCGUCCCCGACACCGUCCCCGCCCCUCCACCCUUUGUGCGGCCGCCGCUCGGCGCCCGGGUCUCCGCGGGUCCCCGGCCCGGCCAUACCUCGGGGGCGCUCCAGGCCCCGCGUGGGCGCCAGCCGGCGGCCGAUGGCGAAGGGUCGCGGCGCGAGUGGAGGCGCUGCAGCCAGAGUUCGCGACACGGGAGGCCCGGCCCGCCUCCGCCGCAUUGUCCCGGGCCCUGCGCCCCGGCCCUGAGUCUCGCCGCAGCACUCGCCCGCCGCCCGCUGGGCCAUGCGGAGAGCCGCCGGGAUGGAGGACUUCUCCGCAGAGGAAGAGGAGCCCUGGUAUGACCAGCAGGACCUGGAGCAAGACUUGCAUCUGGCUGCAGAGCUAGGGAAGACUCUGCUGGAGAGGAACAAGGAGCUGGAGGAGUCCCUGCAGCAGAUGUACUCCACCAAUGAGGAACAAGUGCAGGAGAUCGAGUACCUGACCAAGCAGCUGGAUACUUUGCGGCAUGUGAAUGAGCAGCACGCCAAAGUGUACGAGCAGUUGGACCUGACAGCCCGAGACCUGGAGCUGACCAAUCAGAGGCUGGUGCUGGAGAGUAAGGCUGCCCAGCAGAAGAUCCAUGGGCUGACAGAGACCAUUGAGCGCCUGCAGGCCCAGGUGGAGGAGCUACAGGCCCAGGUGGAGCAGCUGAGGGGCCUGGAACAGCUGCGAGUGCGCCGGGAGAAGCGGGAACGCAGGCGCACCAUCCACACCUUCCCUUGCCUCAAGGAGCUGUGCACCAGCCCCCGGUGCAAGGAUACUUUUCGCCUACACAGUUCCUCCCUGGAGCUGGGCCCGCGGCCUCUGGAGCAGGAGAACGAGCGGCUGCAAACCCUGGUGGGGGCGCUGCGCUCCCAGGUGAGCCAGGAGCGGCAGCGCAAGGAGCGCGCAGAGCGCGAAUACACCGCGGUGCUGCAGGAGUACGCGGAACUGGAGCGGCAGCUGUGCGACAUGGAGGCCUGCCGCCUGCGCGUGCAGGAGCUGGAGGCCGAGCUGCUGGAGCUGCAGCAGAUGAAGCAGGCCAAGACCUACCUGCUGGGCCGGGAGGACCAGCUGGCGGAGGCUCUUCUGGCGCCCCUCACCCAGGCCCCUGAAGCCGACGACCCCCAGCCGGGCCGCGGGGAGGACUUGGACGCCCAGGACGGUGUCCCCUCGCCGGCCGCCUCCCCGGGCCACGCGGUGCGCAAAAGCUGCAGCGAUACGGCGCUCAACGCCAUCGUGGCCAAAGACCCGGCCAGCCGGCACGCGGGCAACCUCACGCUGCACGCCAACAGCGUGCGCCGGCGCGGCAUGUCCAUCCUGCGGGAGGUGGACGAGCAGUACCACGCGCUGCUCGAGAAGUACGAGGAGCUGCUAAGCAGGUGCCGGCAGCACGGCGCGGGCGUGCGGCAUGCCGGCGUACAGACCUCCCGGCCAAUCUCCCGGGACAGCUCCUGGAGGGACCUGCGCGGGGGUGAGGAGGGCCACGGGGAGACCAAGGCCGGGGAGAAGAGCCUGAGCCAGCACGUGGAGGCUGUGGACAAGCGGCUGGAGCAGAGCCAGCCCGAGUACAAGGCGCUCUUCAAGGAGAUCUUCUCCAGGAUCCAGAAGACCAAGGCUGACAUCAAUGCCACCAAAGUCAAGACGCACAGCAGCAAGUGACCCUUUCCCUGCUACGCAGCCUCCCCCAGGCUGCAGGUCGUGGAGUCCCGCAUGCCCGCGCGUGCAGCCUCUGGUGAGUGAGAGCCCCUUAGCAGCAAUACACAGCAUCUGGCUGCCCCAGAGGUGCAUGAGGAAUGGGCCUCUCUGAUCGGGGAACACAGCAUGUUCCCUGAUGAUGUGGGAGGCAACAAACCUGUCCUGCCUCCCAGGAGACCCCAGCCACCU